AUGACUACGACUAAGAUGUUACGAAAUUGUCGGCGUUGGCAAUUGUUAUCUUUACUUAAAGGGUGCUCAGUCUCUCUACUGUUACGAUUAAAUAAUUUUUUGGCCCAUUUUAAGGUCAGCAACAUGGAGAAAAAUAAUAAUUAUGAUGAGAAUAUAGAGUUGAGUGAUACUCAAGAUGUGUUUGAUUUUCCAGUAUUAGAAGACAUUGUGGAAGACAAUGUUAUUUAUAAUUGUGACACUUCAAGUAGUGGUUCCGAAAUUAUACGACCAAAGAGACGACUGAUAAUGAGGAAAGGUCUAAAGAGGGACUGUGUUGUCUUCUCUACAAGGAAACAAAGAGAUGGCAGACGUCAAAAAAGUAAAUACUGUGACACUUGCCCAAGUAAACCCAGAAUGCACAUGGGAGAUUGUUUCCAAAGAUAUCACACAAUAGAAAAGGAUCAAUAUGGAAAUGAAGUACAACGUUUGGCACGUCCACUACCUGUUGAAUAUCUAUUGGUUGAUGUACCAGCUUCAACACCUUUAACUCCAUUAUAUACGUUCACAUCAUGUGAUCGUAAGGAAUCGUUUCCAGUUGAAAAUCGUUACAUUGACGGUCAUUUGCAAGAUUUUAAUGCAUUAAGCUCAUAUUUAUCAAAAUGGACUCCAGAACAAUUUUUGGAAGCUGUUUCAGAUUUUCAUUUCUUACUCUAUCUGUACAAAAUGGAUAUGUUACCAAUGAAAAAUAAUAUGAGCAAAUUAUUUGAAGCUGUUAAAAAUAAAGACAAAAAAUUGGCUGCAGAAUUUAAGAAAACUGAAGUUUGGGCAACAUUGGAAACUUUAAUAUCAGCUAGUUCCGGUUCAACUGGUGGAACUGGUACGUAUCCUGGCCAUUCUUCAUCAAAUUCUUCCACACCAGCUGCUGAUGGUGGUGCGGCAACAUCAUGGACUUGCAACCAUUGCACAUUCAUUAAUCGUAGUGAUUUGGGAACAUGCGAAAUGUGUGGAUUACCACGAUAAAUAUAAGGUUGUAGUGAAAAAAUUCCAGAUGAAUCCAUCAGACGAUCAUCAAUAAAAAUUAUUUAAUUAUGAAAAAAUGAAUAAAAUUGUAAUGAAAUUCUACAAAGAUUCCCAUUCUACUUUAUUACAUGAGUAUUUGAUUAAUAAAAUGUUUCAACAAACAAAAUUAUAAAUUUUGAAUAAUGUAAUUGAAAAAAAAAAUUAUUUAUGUAUGUAAUAUGAAAACUGUACCUAUUGCCGUAAAUUAUAUUUCACAGAAUU